UUUUCACUGCUGUGCAGUUUCGCAUAUUACGUGCUGCGGUUAUUGACUCCAUUUCCUUCUCUAUAUACAAGUCCUCGCCAUGACUCGCUAUGGUAAAGCGCUCUCUACCUUGAUGGCAACCGCCAGCGCAGCCGAAGGUACGGCAUAUGCGCGAUGUGGUGGCAGUGGUUGGACUGGUGCUGUGACAUGUGUGUCUGGCUAUCAUUGUCAGUACCAGAAUGAUUGGUACUCUCAAUGUGUUCCCGGCGAUGCUACGGGCUCGAUCGAGGCUACCACCUCGACCAAGACAAUCGUGAAAGCUACCACGCUUGUGACAAUCCAUCGAUCUUCUGGCACACCCCAUGCCUCCACAGCCUGGGAGAAGCCCACGACGUCCACGCAUGCGCUUCCAGCCGUCACUUCCCAAGCCACCACGCUUGUGACAACCCAUCGAUCUUCCGGCACACCCCAUGCCUCCACAGCCUGGGAGAAGCCCACGACGUCCACGCAUGCGCUUCCAGCCGUCACUGUCGAAGCCGUUAAAUCUUCAGGACUUACGCAGUACGCAGGUGUCAAUAUUGCUGGAUUUGACUUUGGCUGUUCUACCGAUGGAUCAUGCUCAGGUUCAUACACAAACCCAGGCGACAAUGGCAUUGCUCAAAUGAAGCAUUUUGCUACCGCUGACAAGCUCAACGCCUUCCGUCUGCCCAUUGGCUGGCAAUACCUCGUGAACAAUCAGCUUGGUGGAUCGCUCGAUACCACUGUGGUCGCUGCUUACGACGCCUUGGUGCAAGGCUGCCUGGCAACUGGUGCACUCUGCAUCAUCGAUCUUCACAACUAUGCCCGCUGGAAUGGCGCUGUCGUCGGUCAAGGUGGCCCUACCAAUGCUCAGUUUGCUGAUGUUUGGUCGAAGCUUGCUACAAAGUAUGCUUCCACGACGAACAUCGCAUUCGGACUUAUGAACGAACCGCACGAUCUCACGAUGACUACCUGGGCUGCAUCCGUUCAAGCUGCAGUCACUGCCAUCCGCAAAGCUGGUGCCACGUCGCAGUACAUUCUUCUUCCUGGUACAGACUACACGUCUGCGGGUACUUUCGUUCAGAACAGCGGCCCAGCGCUUCUCACUGUCAAGGACACAGAUGGCACUACGAGCAAGCUGAUCUUUGACGUUCACCGAUACUUGGAUUCCGACAACAGCGGCACACACGCAGAAUGCGUUACCGAUCAUGUCUCGGAUACAUUCACCCCGCUAGCUACAUGGCUCCGAACCAACGGGCGUAAGGCUAUCCUUUCUGAGAUUGGUGGCGGCAACACUGCCUCCUGUGAAACGGAUGUCUGCGCUGCAAUCGCUUCGCUCAACAAGAACAGCGACGUAUAUCUUGGGUACAUUGGUUGGUCUGCUGGUGCUUUCGACACCUCUUACACGCUUUCUAUGACGCCGACGGGCUCGACUGACCAGCCUUUGAUGUCCAAAUGCUUCAGCCGUGCAUGAUUCACCAGAGUUGUGCCACUGCCACAUUCGCGGACGCUGCACUUCAGAUACAUACAUUUGUCUGGCAGUUCACAUUUCUUUUCUCUUUUCCCAACCUUACCUGUACAUAUUUUCGGGUAGCUAGAGCUUCAAAAAAUCUAGUCCUCCUGCG